CUCUUGUGCACGAUUGCAACACCCACUUACACCGUUCCGCAUUGCUCAUACAUCCUCAUGAUGCUUCACAUAGCAUCGAAAAAUACGCUAGCAUUAUAAACACAUCGACAGCGCGGCAAUGUCAGAUGGAGGGAAGUCGCGCUCGUCGUCUUCAUUUCAUUUCCUCGCCGGCCUGAGCUCCGGCGUUCUCUCAGCCGUACUUCUCCAGCCAGCCGACCUACUCAAGACCCGCGUCCAGCAGUCACGCUCGAGCACGCUGCUCGGUACGAUCCGGUCUAUUGCCAGCGGGCCCAACCCUAUACGACAGUUCUGGCGCGGUACACUCCCCUCAACACUACGUACAGGAUGCGGUUCGGCGAUAUACUUCUCCUCACUCAAUGCGCUCAGGCGCCGCGCAGCCUUGCUGGCAGCUGGCCGCGCUGAUGCAGCCAUCGUGACGGGCGACCACUCGUCCUCUCUUCCAAAGCUGAGCAAUACUGCAAAUCUAGCCACUGGGGCGGCGGCGCGAACCUGGGCAGGCUUCAUCAUGAUGCCAAUCACCGUGCUGAAAGUGCGGUAUGAGAGCACUUUGUACGCAUACACGAGCAUGGCGAGCGCAACAAGGGACAUCUACCGCACGACAGGCCUCAAGGGCUUCUUUGCAGGUUUCGGCGCAACAGCAGUGCGGGAUGCGCCCUACGCAGGUCUCUAUGUCCUUUUCUACGAGCAAUCGAAGCGUCGUCUCUCAGCCCUCGCGACCAAGAUCGAAUCAGCCGACCCCUCCGCAAGCGCAAAGCUCUCUAACAGCACGAGCGCGGGUAUCAACUUCAUCUCGGGCGUUGCAGCCGCUGGACUCGGCACGACCAUCACGAAUCCGUUUGAUGCGAUCAAGACCAGGAUCCAGCUGAUGCCGGACACAUACACGAACCUGCUGCAGGCGGGCAAGAAGAUGCUGGCUGAAGAAGGACCGCGGAGUCUAUUCGACGGACUGGGCAUCAGAAUUGCGAGGAAAGCAGUCAGCAGUGCGCUUGCGUGGACGCUGUACGAGGAGCUGAUUCGCAGAGCUGAGAGAGGGUGGCAGGAGGUUGAGGGCGCUUCAUCCGUAAAGGUGGAGAGCAAGGUAUGAGCGUUUCAUGAUAUGUACAGUGUCUUGUAUCUGCAUGUUGGCCAGGCGUUCUGGACGGUUGCAUGAUGAUAGGCGAUACCUCUACACUCAAAUGAUGUAUGAAGGACUCAAAAUUUUGAUAAAAGUAAUUUCUUCG